CCACUGGCUACCGUACAACCAAACUGCAAGAGAACGCAUCGGAAUCGUAGCGGUUUUUCAUAUUGAGAAAGUUCAUAUUACUCAAAGUGAUUUGUUUGGAGAGCAGGAUUCUCAGAUUCGAAUUUUCCAGUGAACAUAACGAUAGUUGAGAAAGUGUUUUACUUUACGGUGACGACAUUUUAUAUAUAACUGGAAAUAUUGGAUAACAGCUUCCAAAAUGACGAUCAUUGCGGAAGAUAUUACGAGCGUACGGAGAACUCCGAUUCAAGAAUUUUACGCUGACCAGAAAGUAUUUAUUACAGGUGGCACUGGAUUUUUGGGUAAAAUUCUCGUGGAGAAAUUAUUGCGAAGCUGUCCAGAGCUGUCAACGAUUUACCUUCUGAUUCGAACAAAGAAGGGCAAAGACGUCCAUAAUCGGCUAGACGAUAUCUUCAACGAUUCCAUCUUCGAUCGUCUGAAGUCAGAACAGCCCAAAUACCGGCACAAGGUAGUCGUAGUUUCCGGCGACUGCAGCUUGCCCAACUUGGGCUUGUCCAACGACGACAGAGAGCUUUUAACUCGCGAAGCUUCCAUCGUUUUUCACGUUGCCGCGACGGUGCGAUUCGACGAACAACUCAAGUACGCCACUGCGAUUAACGUCAACGGCACGAAGGAGGUGCUCGACAUCUGUCGAUCCAUGUACAAUUUAAAAUCCGUAAUCUACGUAUCGACGGCAUACAGCAACUGCAACCGCUCAAUUAUCGAAGAAAAAAUUUACUCACCGCCUAUCUCAGGUGACACCCUUGGAAAGCUAGCGGAAGGUAUGGACGAAGCUAAGCUGAACAAAAUCACACCAACCCUUUUAGGAGAUUAUCCCAACACCUAUGCGUUCACUAAAGCGAUCGCAGAGUCAACGUCUAAGGAAUACGGCAAGGAUCUACCCUUGGGUAUAUUCAGACCAGCAAUGGUUGUCUCGACUGCCUACGAACCGGCCGAGGGCUGGAUCGACAACGUCUUCGGGCCAACAGGUGGAAUCGUCGGUGCCGGUGCUGGCCUUAUCAGAACAUUCAACGUGGACAGUGAAUGCACCGCUGAAUUAGUGCCCGUCGACAUGACCGUAAAUGCGCUGAUUGCCACAGCUUGGGACAUUGCUCUGAACAAAAACAUAACGACCGAACCUCCAACUUAUAACUACGUAGCGACGACAAAAAACAAGAACAUCACCUGGGGCGAGUACAAUGAUUUGGCCCUCAAGUAUGGAACACUGAGUCCAAGCACCCGCAGUAUAUGGUGCUACGUUAACUACACAACCAAGUACGUCAUGCUCUACAAUAUACUGACGAUACUUCUGCAUCUCCUACCUGCGCUGCUUCUCGACACGGGUCUAGUUCUUACUGGCCAAAGUCCAAAGAUGCUCAAGAUAUACAAAAAGAUCCACAAAUUUGCAUCGUGCACUUCGUACUUUGCGCGAAACACAUGGCAGUUCCAAACCGACAAUGUACGAACACUUUGGAACAAAUUAGCUACCGAAGACCAGAACACAUUUUUCUUUUCCAUGGAAGACUUCGACUGGGACAGCUAUAUGAAAAAGUACAUAACCGGGCUAAGAACAUACAUUUUCAAGGAUGAUCCGAGCACGAUUCCUGCCGCACGAAAGCGAAUGGCAGUGAUGAAGGUGCUCCACAAUAUUAUCGUACACUCGUUCCUGGCGUUCGUACUCUGGAGCUGCUAUAAAUUAGUGUCGUUCGGUCUGUCCUUCGGCUAUACAGCAGGAACGACUGCCGUCAAUGAGAACAUCGUAGCUGUUCGGUAAAUCGAAGGAUAUUGAUACCUCGAA